UCACACGGCAAUUACACUCUCAGUCAUUCUAACUUAGACAGUAGCACAAUACAGGCAGCAGUCUCCCACUUCCUGUUGAGUAUAAGAAGGUGAAAUGUGAAACUCAAAAUAAAACUUCCAUUACCUCUAGUGCAGUUAUUCAUACUGCUACCUUAGGAGAAUGUUUCUGUCCUUCAUUUGUCUGCUGCUCCCCUUUGCUGUCCUUAAUCAAGCCUACAGUGGGCAGAUUCCUCUGUUUGUUUUAAGCGGAGCGUCUGUCCGACUGAGCCCCAAAGGACAUGAAGCAGUGGAAAUGGAAAGCAUCGUCUGGAUACUGAAUUCAUCAAUACGACUAAUGAAGUACGACUUUGAAAAGGAAGAGUUAAAAUUACACAACAAAUACAAGAACCGACUGGAGUUUGACUCAAAAACCUCUUCAAUGGUCCUGAAUAACCUGACUGGGAGGGACAAUGGACUCUACAUUGCCAAAGUUACAGAUGUGAAUGGAUAUGAGCAUGUCAGCCAGUUCCUCCUUUCAGUCCAAGAGAGAGCGGGGCCUCCUCUCCUCAGGGUCGACUCCAACUCCUCCAGCCCUGACUCCUGCAAUGUGACCCUUACUUGCAUGGUCCACAACACGUCCAUAAGCACCACCUGUGACAGCCACAACUGUUCUCAGGUAGAGGGCGCUAGCCCUGCCCUCUCUAUAUCCGUUAUGAAGGACUUUAUAUUAUGUAACCACAGCAACCAGGUCAGCUGGGCCAAUGCAACUGUGAGGAUGUCAGAGCUCUGCCCGUUAUACAUAGCAGAUCACAUGAGACAAACGCAGAAGUCCACUCAGAAUCUCCUCAUCACUCUCAUCCUUAUUGCUAUCACCACUGUGGUUUUCACAGUGACUUUUCUUCUCAGUAGAUGGGCUUGCGGACGUCACACAGAACAAAUCUAUUCCAAUACUGAGGACACACAUGAGCCUACUGUGGCCACGGUACAGUCAAUGUAUGAUGUCAUCAGAACGACUUCACUUCAGAAAGCCCCACAAUCGGACACCAUCUAUGCCUCAGUGCAGAAGUUUCAACAUAAAUCCCAACGGCCUCCUGAUCAACCUGAAGCUACAGAAUCUACAAACACAAAGAACAACAAAGUCACCACACUUUAGUGAUUUAGUUUCCAUUAAACAGUAUUGGGGAGUAGUAGUACUUUGUUGCCAUCUGGCUUUAUUUAAUGUCUUUCCUUCCUUAUUCCCAUUCUGUAUUACUCUCUCUAAUGAUGUUUAAUGUUUCACAACACAUCCAUGUAAAGCGCUUUGGGGACGACUCUGUUGUGAAAGGCGCUACAUCUUGCAGUAGGUUGCUAGUAGUUAAACUACAAGUAUAUUUACAUAGUGAUUCAAGUAGUUAAAUUAUUUUAUUUACUUACUCAGUACUUUACUGAAGUUACAAACAAUUUUGAGUCAUAAAAAAGAGAGGUAUGUCUCCUUCUUUUACUAACAAUGUUUGGGUAGUUGUUAGGAGAAAGCGCCGUAGCUUUCACUCCUACAAUCUAGUUAUGUUGGAGAAAGCGCCGUAGCUUUCACUCCUACAAUCUCCUGUGUGAGGAAGCGCCGCAGCUUACUACUCACACACUUCCACUUCUAGGACCCAGGAAUAAUCGAGACAGCACACGUCUUUCUGUUUUACUUGCGCAAGGGUGCCCACUUCAGGUGCAACAGACAGUAUCUGCGCCUCUGUUGAGUGUCACACCGGACAGUCCCUUGGCUUCUUUAUUUAUAGGGUAGGGGAGGGGUUACAUGGGUCUUGUCUUUAACUAGUCAAUGCUGUGUGAGGCCUCCGUGAAACAGGGUUAAUACAAAGCAUUACAUAUCUCAAGGUGGCCCCCCUGCUAUGUUGACAGAAUCUGUUUCCUUUCUCAAGGUCUCUUAUUCCUGCGUCACAAUCUGGUAGGCCCCUGUGAGGACAUCUUGUUUGCAACCCUUUCUGGGCCAUGGGUUAGUUGUUAAGGGUUGCACGUACACAUAUAGGAGGAUAAUAAUAUGAUAAAAUACACAGAUACACUCUAACAGUCCCUCCUGUUUAUCAUGUUAAUUAUACAUUUGCUGUGAUAUAAAAAGAGACAAGGGUGUAGCAUCUCUAAACUUCGGGACUGGGCCAUGCCGGUGUGGAUUUCGGCUCGUCCGUCAUGGUGCGUCAUGCAUCCACCCCUGCUCCUCUUCAUCUGCAUCUGUUUCCAUGUUUUGGGUGAGGGACAAAAACAUAUUCUCCUGGGCUCGGAAAGCAGAGCUCAGGGCAGAAUUAAUCAUUAUACGAAAACAAGGUAUCACUGUGAUACAACAACAGAAGAACAUCACAAAGAAUGCAAAAAAUGGUAUACUCAAUUUGAGUAAUAUGGACCACCAAGCCCCGGUAGUGAACCAGGACAUCCAAUAGUCGUUCUGCGUCCUUGUGUCGGUGGUCAUAGCAAUUUGCAAGUCCUUCAGCCUUUGCAUUGCCUUAGUCAUGUUGGGUGAAUGCACAUUGUCAGGAAUGUAUGUACAACAGGUUUGG